AUUGGCCAAUAUGGCGUAGACGGACUGUUAGACGGAAUUCAAUAGCACCAUAAAUUGCUAAAUAGCAUAUUAAAAAAUCGCGUUACAUUAUAUUUGCAUUAAGAUCACUUUGCAGACAAAAUUACCGAAUCCAAUGGGAAUAUUUAUUCUUACUCAUUAACGUACAAAAUCAUAUUUAUUCUAGGAUUCAAAAAUCAUGCACCCAACUAUUACAAGUUUUUGACGUAUCUGAGACUCAGCGAAUUGUACAUAAACGAAACAUAAUCAAACAUAUGUAGGAUACACCCGCAUAUAUUACAUUUUAUUAUCGUCGCCAAUUUUCGCAUUCAAUCAGCAAAUCAUCGCGUCCCAUAAUCUUGUCAAUUCGCAAAUACAAUGGACCCACGCUUACACAGAAGACAAGAGUCUGAAAAAAAGGGCUCGAGCGACUUGGUCGUAGAAUGGCUUAAUGAUGCUUCUAUGAGCACAAGCGAAUCCGUAAAAUUAACCAAUUUGGCCAAAGUUAAUGAGUUUUUGAUACACAAGGAACCAAAGUUGCUGGAUCUAUACUUGGACGAAACGUUGCAAUUCUCUUUAGAUAGGAGUAGCGAAGUUAGAAAACUUAUCGCAGGAUUUUUGGAAGAAGCUGGGUGUAAACAACCUGACCUGAUUCCUCGAUUAGUCCAAACACUUGCAAGAUUAGUUGGAGAUGAUGCAUCAGCUGUGAUCAAACGGGCGCUUAGAGCAGCGGGAAGAAUUCUUAGGGCAACAUUGAAAUGGAUAUCAAGUGUUGCGAUUAUUACAACAGACAUGGAACUCGCUUGGACACAGCUGAGCAAUCUGAAGGUUGCGAUAAUAAAUAUGAUCGACAGUGACAAUGAUGGAAUCAGGACGCAGGCAGUAAAGUUCCUGGAAGGAGUCGUUUUGCUGCAAACAUAUCCAGAUCCUGACGCUCCAAAAAAGCCGGAUGACUUCUCCUUAGAAGAUAUUCCAUUAACACUAAAAAUAGCUCGGAGAAGAAAACUUGAGGAGGAGGCAAACCAUGUUAUGGAUUUGUUGAUUAAAUUUCACGGUUCUCCACACGUUAGUAGCGUCAAUUUGAUGACUUGUAUGGGGUCCUUGGCAUUGAUUGCUAAAACUAGGCCUCAGUUUAUGCGUCAAGUAAUUCAGGCCUUACAACUCCUACAACAUGAUCUACCACCAACGCUGUCCGAUUCACAAGUAACGAGUGUCCAAAAGCAACUUAAGCUCACGCUAUUGGGAUUGCUAAAACACCCUGCAAGCAUAGAGUUCGCAGGAACGAUGGCAAGACAAUUGAACCAGCUCGGGGCAAGAGAGCAAGAAAUCAUGAAGGCCUAUCCAAAAGUUGAGGAUAUUCGUAAGAUGAAAAAACGGCAACAGGAAACAGCGGCAGCAUCUGCAGCCAAACGUGCGAAAUUGGAGGCUGCAAUUGCAGUUGAAGAGCCUGAACAGCAACCGAUGGAAAUUGAAUCCGUGAAGCCUCCUGAAUUGAUUGAGCUUUCUGAAAAUUUUAUCAGUGACCGUCUAAGUGUGGAAAUUGCCACAGAACUAGUUAUGGAUAGUAUGGCUUGGGUGCCAGAUGUAAUGACGUCAGUGUUCCAACGAGAAUAUCAGCCGACGUCCACAACUGAUAUAAACGUGCAACGUCAAACUAUCGCCAGGCUACUAGCCGUACAGAUAAAGCAAGCUAAGGCCAAAAGGGUUAAGAGAGAAACGAAAGAGGAAGAUGCGGUAAUGGAAGACCUAAUAAAGAAUCCAACAAUCACUGUAGCCGAGGCAAAACGUGAAAGAAAACGAGAAAAGGACAGAGAGAAAGAGAAAGAAGCUAAGGCUUCAUUGGAGGCGCACGAAAAGUCGCUUAAAAUGGCGAAAAAUCGUUUGAAAACGCUGAAGCUAUCCGAAAUUACAAAACCUCUACAAAGAGAGACUAAAGAGAAAAUGCUCCUUAUGGCUGUAGGCAGAAUUCUCGGAGCUGAGAGGAUCGCUGUACUCGGCGGAGUGGCACCAGUCAGGUCCAAGAUAUUGACGACCCUAGCUGCUACGUUCAACCCAUACAUAAGAGAAGCUGUGCUCCGCUAUAUAACCGAAGACAUGAGGUGUCGGCUUGAUUUGGCACUUGGGUGGCUUUAUGAGGAGUACGCUUUGCUUCAGGGAUUCCAAAGGCGUACAACUCUGACGAGUAAACCGCAGGAAGCUCCUCAUCAAGCCUACAACUUUUUACUCUGCACUUUAGUUUCUGCAAUCGACUUGGUACCAGGGAAAGAUCGAGAUGUGUUGUUGUCGCGGUUGUAUCUGGAAGCUCCUCUAAUCACAGAAGACGCCGUGGAAGCUUUAAAACUGGUCUCGGCCGAUGAAACGAGAGGACUCGCACCUUUGGAAUUACUCAAGGAAAUGGUUAUUCGGAGACCGACAAAGCAGCUAGUAUUUUUGAAUGUAUUACUGUGUCAUACAGGACAUGAAAAUAAUACUAUUCGUGAAGCAGCGAUAGAGUUUGUCGUUCAAUUAUAUAGCCGGCCAGAGCUGGCCAAGUUGAUAGAAGAAUAUGCAGUGCUGUAUUUAGGUUUUCUACGAUUACCAAACCCACCUGAAAUUGUAUUCGGACAGGAUAGAGGAAGGCCGCAGAUCGACGAUCAGUGGAGUGAAUCAACAACCCGAGCUUGUCUAGGAUUGUACCUAGCAUUACUGUCGGAACACCAAGAUCUUAUUUACGAACUCGCCAGGGUUUAUACCUCAAUGGGAGCUGAUGUCAAACGUAUCAUCUUACGCUUGGUUGAAGGACCGGUGAGACUCUUGGGAAUGAGUAGUCCACAGCUAUUGUCCCUUGUCGAAAACUGUCCAAAAGGGGCGGAAACCCUGGUUACGCGAGUUAUUCAUAUCCUUACGGAAAAAUCCGCGCCUAGUGCAGAACUGGUGGCCAAAGUACGUGAACUUUAUCAAACAAGAGUGUCUGAUGUUAGAUUUUUGAUACCUGUUCUUAACGGCUUGACUAAAAAAGAAGUUAUCGCCGCUCUUCCCAAACUUAUCAAGUUGAACCCGAUCGUCGUGAAAGAGGUAUUCAAUAGACUCCUUGGAACCCAUAAUAAUGACAGUGGUAUACCACACAUGUCGCCAAUAACGCCAGCAGAACUUCUCAUCGCUUUACAUACUAUAGAUACGAGCAAAGCAGAAUUAAAAACAGUCAUAAAGGCAACUUCUUUAUGCUUUGCUGAGAAACAAGUCUAUACACAAGAAACGGUGGCAGUAGUGAUGCAGCAUCUUAUGGAAAUGACGCCCCUGCCGACGCUUCUGAUGCGAACAGUUAUUCAAAGUCUAGCUUUGUACCCUAGACUGAGCGGAUUUGUAAUGAACAUUUUACAACGAUUAAUUCUGAAACAGGUCUGGAAACAGCACAAAGUUUGGGAAGGAUUUGUGAAAUGCUGCGAGCGAACUCAGCCCCAGAGUUUUUCAGUUAUCUUACAAUUACCGCCUGCCCAAUUGGCAGAGGCAUUGAAAAUGUCUCCGGGAUUGAAGGCACCUCUACUUGCACAUGUUGAAUCGUUUGCCGAGAAUCAGAAAGCUCACAUUCCACAGUCUGUAAUGGAUGUGAUCCAGGGAAAAAUGUUGCCUGUUGUUGCGGAUGAAUUUGACAUUGCCCCUCCUGGUGAGUACCCCUUAGAACUCAAAUCAGAGCCCAUGGACACUGACCCUUCGGAACCAGCGCCACCUGGACUUGACUAGUAAAAUUUUCCAACGACUUUUCAAGGGAGGAGGCCUGAGUGUUCUGAACAGGGCGACAAUCACUGCAAACCAUAUUCCGAUGCAGAGAGAGCAAAGGUCCAGGGCCAAUACGCCCAGAGAAUAAAUGCGUAGCAACAUCGUGGGUCGCUUU